GAUGUAAAAAUGAAUACCAUUUAUAAAUUAGUCAAAACGUUUAAAUACUUUCAUCGAUAUGCCAGUAGUAUAUCCAAUCCAUUGACUGAUUGCACUAUCUUCAGCUUAAGUUCAGGCUACGGCAAGUGUGGAGUCUCUGUUAUACGCGUGUCAGGGCCGCGCACUAAGUAUGCACUCCAAACUCUUGUUGGUUUGCGUCAUGAGCUAAAACCGCGUUAUGCNUACCUUAAGUCCAUCUAUCAUCCAGAAAAUAAAGAACUAAUUGACAAGGGAUUGGUUCUAUGGUUUCCUGGGCCAGCUUCGUUUACGGGGGAAGAUUCAUGUGAGUUUCAAGUUCACGGUUCCUUAGCUGUAAUUGCCGCCAUAAUGGAUGCGUUAGGCAAAGUCCCUGGACUGAGGCCGGCAACUGCUGGCGAGUUUACAAAACGUGCCUUCUUCGGUGGAAAACUUGAUUUAACUGAAGUCGAGGGUUUAGCCGAUUUAAUACAUGCUGAGACAGAAGCACAAAGAAAACAGGCUAUGCUGCAAAGUACUGGGGCACUUUCCCGUGUUUACGACAACUGGCGGAGGCGUCUAAUACGUUGUGCCGCACAUUUGGAAGCUUACAUAGAUUUUGCGGAAGAAGAAAAUAUAGAGGAUGACGUGGUGAUGCAAUUGAAUAAAGAACUUCGCCGUAUUAUAACUGAAAUACGUGAACAUCUGAACGAUCAGCGCCAGGGCGAAAUGUUGAGAAAUGGAGUGCGCACCGCGAUAGUCGGUGCUCCCAAUGUGGGCAAAAGCAGUUUUUUGAAUAUGAUGUGUCAGCGAGAAGUAGCAAUUGUAACACCCAUAGCUGGCACUACACGCGACAUCAUUGAAAGUACGCAUAACUUUGGCGGCUACCCAGUCAUCUUUGCCGAUACUGCAGGUUUGCAUAAACAAACGCAGGAUAUAGUAGAAUUGGAGGGCAUGAGUAGAGCAAAAGAAUGUCUGCAAAAUGCGGAUCUAAUUUUACUGCUAACUGAUGCGCGUGAGCUGUUGGCCAAUAUAGCAAAUAAUAAUGGCACGUUAAAAGAAUAUCAAUCCAGUUACCUGCAGCAAUUGGACUUGGACGAAAAUGCGUUGGCGGAUAAGCGCAUACAAUUGAUUACAAAUAAAAUCGAUUUGCUCUCAACGACGGAGCUACAAAGGCUGACGCAAAUCGAUGUGUUGCGCAUCUCUUGUAAGGAGCCGAAUACUGUUGAAUUACAACCAUUUUUACAACAUUUUGAAGGAGUACUGCGCGAACUCUGUGGCCAACCAUCCGCCGAACAUCCGCGCAUUACGCAUACACGCUAUCGUCAACAGCUAGAACGUUGCAUUGAACAUAUUAAUAUUUUCUUGGAUGAAUAUGCGCCAGAUAUAUACCCAGAUAUAGCUAUUUCGGCGCAAAAAUUGCGAAAUGCCUUAAAAUGUAUUGAACGUAUUACGGGACAUGUGAGCUCAAAUGAUAUAUUGGAUGUGGUCUUUAAAGACUUUUGCAUUGGCAAAUAGCGUGUUAGAAAAAUAGACUGAUUAAAAAUGUAUUGAUUGCUCAUGGGAAAUCGCAGAUACUUGUACGCCAAGUGCGAUGCCACUUCUAAUCCAAGUUAUGAAAAUUUCAUAAAAGACUUUGUCUUCAACACUUUUCAGGGGUUUAUUUUCUAAACUCACUAAAAAUUAACUUCUAUUUUGCUCAUCGAACAGUAUGUCAUAAAGCAUGAUAAAUCACUUCAAUCUCGCGGUAUUGCAUUUGUCUUAUGCGGCGAUAUACAUAAUUGAUAGAAAACUCAAAAAGUAUUUGUAAAUAAUGAAUUGAAUGAUUUUUUCGCAAUUAGAUACUAAGCAAAGAAGAUGAAUUUAUUUGUGUGUAGAUUUUAAUGUAGAUAACUUUGUAUGUAGUUAAAAAAAUUUGUCCUUAAUUCAAGCCAAAAGUAAUGUGUUCAUAAAUUAUUUAGAGUUCUUCAAAUUGCAAUAAAUGUUUACAAUGGCAUUGUAUUAUGUUAAUUGAGGGAAAUGUUGAUGCGAUGCGAAGAUUGGAUUGGACCGUUCAAAAGCAAGAUGGUUACCAAGGACCAUCACAACAGCAGCAAACCCCAGUUUUUUUUUUCCGAAAUAAGAGUAUGACUUAACGGCGCGCUAAUUCUACAAACUAGUGGUCCAUUCCGGCAGAGAACAGUAGCCAAUGUCGGCUGGCUUAAGACAUUCUUUUAAAUAAAAAUAAUUGUCGGUCUUACUUUUUCAUUAUAUUUAUUACUUGGAU